GUUGAAGUCCACAGAGAGAGAAGAGAGAUAUCAUCUUAGCUCUCUCUCUCUCUCUCUCUCUCUAAAUUAGGCAGACAAUGCCUCAACUCCCUCUUCUCCGUUUUGCGUCCUUAUAAAAAGUUUCAUCAAUCAUUCCACAAUUCUGAUCAACAGGACGUCCGCCGCAUUUUCCUUUAAUUUGAUGAUAAAGCAUCUCAGGUAUAAGAUGAAGGUUGCUCUGUCUUCUGCCUACAAGCAAGUCCAACCUCUAGUGAUGAACUUUCAGGGGGAGAUCAAGGCAAGGGACCCUUUCUAUACGCGGAAAGUUGUGUUCGUGAUGGGAGCCACCGGCACCGGAAAAUCCCGCCUCGCAAUUGAUUUGGCGACUCGGUUCCCUGCCGAGGUCAUCAACUCCGACAAAAUGCAGGUCUACAAGGGCCUCAACAUCGUCACCAAUAAGGUCACUGAGGAGGAGUGCCAGAGCGUCCCCCACCACCUCAUGUCAUUCGUGGACCCUGACUCUGACUUCACGGCCACUGACUUCCAGAAUCACACGUCCAUGGCUCUCCAAUCGAUCUACUCGCAGGGCCGGAUCCCAAUAAUAGCCGGAGGGUCCAACUCCUUUAUAGAUGCCCUUGUGAAUGACAACCCCGAGUUCCAGCUGAUGUACGACUGUUGCUUCCUCUGGGUCGACGUGUCCUCGCCCGUGCUCCAGUCUUUUGUGUCCGAACGGGUCGACCGGAUGGUGAGGGCAGGGUUGGUCGAAGAGUUGAGGAACAUGUACGACCCAGAGGCCGAUAACAAUAGGGGAAUCAGGCGAGCGAUUGGGGUCAGUGAGAUGGACCAAUACUUCCGAGCUGAGGCCACUGCUGAUGAUCAGACCCGAACGGGGCUUAUGGAGGCAGGCAUUGCCAAGAUCAAGGAGAACACAUGCACGCUGGCCCAACGGCAGCUCCAGAAGAUUCGCCGGCUCAACAGCCUGUGGAACCGGAGUAUGCAUCGGAUCGAUGCCACGGAGGUAUUCUUGAAACAAGGGAAACCAGAGGCCUAUGAGGUAUGGGAGAGGCUCGUAGCAGGACCGAGCACCACGAUCGUGGGCCAGUUCCUGUUCGACGAGCAGCCCAUGGGGUUCCCUGUAUCACCCGAUACAACAAUCCCAUCGAUCAUUUCAGCACCGGUGCCAAUGGCUGCUGUUGCAGCCGCAACCCACUAAAGCCUGAGCGAGAGAGGUUUACAAUUUCAGUGCCAUGGCAGAUGAUUGGGCAAGUUCUCUGUCUUGGAAAAUUUUUGCCACCUGAAAGAAUUUCAUCUAUAAAUUUUGGUUUUUUAAGGCAAAUUAAAAGGGGAAAAUUUAAAAAUAAAUAAAAAAAGGCAAAGGGCAAAGGGAUUUUACGGCUGGGGAAUAAAGGGGUUGCUGUCACCUGUCAGGUCGUUAGAGUAGAGAAAAGAGGGGGGAGAGAAUAAAGAAUAAAGAAUACACUUUGCAACUAGUGGCCGUACAGCUUGGGAGCAUUUGUAAUCCGUGCUAUGGCUACUGCAGAGAAACUUUUCUUGCCAUUCCUGCAUGUGGCUUCGGGUGUAAUUCUAUACGAGGCAGGUUACAUCGAAAUGGACCAUCGAAGAAGCGGUUUAGGCGGUUUGAUUUAAGCGGAGACCUCUGUAUAUUCUUAGCAAGUUUCAUGAGAAUCCGAAUUAGAGACUGCAAAUUUUGACGUUUGUAGGAUUGUGCACACAGCAAUGGGAGCUGGUAGGUUCGUAUGGGGCCUGUAUGAUUCUCAUUGUGAGUAUCGUUUCCAACAAAUGCGUCGACCCCUAUGUACGCGGUGUACGUGGAGCGGAAAAUGGACUUUUUGUUUUGGUCGUUCAUCUCUUCUGUUUUCUUCUUCUUCUUCUUCUUUCUUCUUUCUCUUGGUGUGCCUUCUUCAUAUGGCUACAUUGUAUGUAUAAAUGAUUGAAUAACUAAAUGGUCUUUUUUUUAGCGUCUCUUAAACCAUCAUGUAAAGUUAGUAAUGAUAUAUUUAAGGGUUAAUUAUACUGA